AUGUCCGCACACUGCACCAGGUUCUACACCUCCCUGUACAGUGGACAGCACAAAACAUCCCCGUCCCCCAGCUUCUGGAGCCAUAUCUACCCCUCAUCUCUCCCUCAACCCUUGGUUUCACGCCUAGCAGCACCUAUUUCGCUCCAGGAGGUCCAACGAGCCCUGCGUUGCCUCGCGCGUGGAAAAACACCAGGUCCUGACGGCCUCGCAGGAGAUUUCUUCCGCGCGCACUCUGAGCUCAUGGCCCCCGCGCUCCACAAGCUUUUUAUGGCCAUUGAUCACACGCAAACAAUGUCUCCCUCCAUGCUCCGCGGACACACAGUUCUCAUUCCUAAGCACGCAGACGCGGCCUUCGUAGAUCAUCUCAGGCCCAUUACCUUGAUGAAUUCGGACUACAAAGUGCUCGCGCUGUGCCUUGCGCAGCGGUUGCAGCUCACCUUACGCAGACUUAUUCACCCCGCGCAGUCGGCUUUCAUCAAAGGCAGGCGCAUCGGCGACACCAUCAACGACACACUCGACCUCCUCGAAUGGGCAGAAACGAGACAACUACCUCUUGCGCUUGUUACUGUUGACAUAAAAAAAACAUACGAUAUGGUCGACCGUGACUUUCUCUACCGAUGCCUCUCCCACCUCGGGCUUCCUCAGGCCUUCGUGGCGUGGGUCAAGCUGCUUCACUCCGGUACCAGCACGCAAGUCCUCGUCAACAACUUGGCGGGCGCGUCCUUUCCCGUACUUACCGGCGUAAGGCAAGGAUGUCCCCUGGUGCCUCUUCUGUUCAUCUGCGUCAUCGAGGUCCUUCACCGGCACCUCUCCGUAUCUCUUCCUGGCUUCGCCCUCUCUCCAACACAACGCCGGCUUGCGGCAUGUUAUGCCGAUGAUAUGUCGCUUUUUCUGAACUCAGGUAGCGAAGUGCAGACGGCUAUGCGCCUCCUGCAAGACUUCGCGGAGGUCUCAGGUGAAUACCCCAGCUGGUCUAAGUGCUCUAUGUCACUCUUCCACAUACCUCCUGGAGAUGUCCCCUCCGCGUGUCCCAUCCCUGCGCUUAACGUGCAGCGUGCUGCACGACGCUUCCUCCCAACCCCCAAGGAAGAGAUCGCCAGGACGUGUUGCUCCUUACCCUAUGGUCUGCACUGCUUUCUGGCACACAAAGACAUUCUCAAAUUCUUACCUGACAGCACACCGGCACGGGCAGUGGCAGAACUUACCGCUACCCUGAAGCUUCCAACGGCGAUCCUCCCACCAAGGCUCGAACCAUGGGUGCUCAUGGCCGAGCCCCUCGCUUUCAACCGUGAGAUUGUGCGGACGCAUAAACGCCCCUUCGGACGCAUCAAAGGCGAGAAAUUCUUACUCGCCAAGGAACUGAGACUCGGCGACAUCCUCGCCCCCACGCCCGCUGGUUCGCGCAAACUUCACGAGGACGAAAUCAAAGCCAAAUUCCCGCCCAAAGAGUUCCCUGGCGCGCUCAGGGUUAUCCUGGACAUCUAUCUGGCGGUUCCCAAACCGUGGUGGCCCGUCCUCGACGCAUUCUCACCUCCCCCAAACUAUCUGGGUGUUGGGGAAUGGGCCAUUCGGGCUUCCCACAGGAACGGGGCGUCACAGGUGUUACAGGCGAAGGCGGUCUUCCCCAACAAGACGGCGCGGUUCAGCUGCUUUACAGUCAGCAAUACGCGGAUCGCCGAGCACCCUACUGGAUCAUGUCUCCUUCCUCUUAACGAAGUCAUUCCUGUUUUCGUCCGCAACAGCUGGCUGGCUGGCACCUUCUGCUCUGGUGCUGGCCUGGGCAGCAGGCUGGAAUUCCUGCAGCACUGCUCGUCCCUAGCUUCCAUCCGGAAUCUCCUCCACACCAAGAAGACAUUGACGCACGUGGAGCGGUGGAAUGAGCUCUUGCCGACUGCGCUCGAGGCCCUUCCGUCUCUGACGCAGCCUUUCCUCACCGAGCAGCCAAGCCGACAGAAGGACGUGCUUUAUCGGCUCUACAUCCGCGCACUACCCUGCGGGACACGGGACUCAAUGGCUGCUGCAGCACUUGCUCGUUCUUCCACACUAGCACCCGUGAAAUCCAUCAACCUUCUACCGUCGCAACGCAUCACAAGCAAACAACGCACCCUAGCUCCCCAAUUCUGGCUCUCCAAGCCGUCUCGCCCUUCACCAAUCCGCUGCGAGGCCCCAUCCACAAUGACCGAACGCGAGCAGAACCGCCAACUAAAAGUCGCGCCGUCGUCCCUCGAAUACAACGACCGGAUGAAACGACAGAUGGCGAAUCCGUACGAGUAUCACCACGAGCUCGGAAUCUACUACACGCGCGUGCACCCUAAGAUCAUCGUCGGCUCGCAGCCGCAAACACCGGACGACAUAGACCGUCUGCAGCGCGACGAAGGCGUGCAGGUGAUUCUUAAUCUCCAGCAAGACCACGACAUGGCGUACUGGAACGUGGACAUCGGCGCCAUCAUCAGACGGUGCAGGGAGCGCCACGUGGAGCAUCACCGCCGGCCAGCCGUUGAUUUCGACCCCAAUUCGCUCCGCCAUGAGCUUCCCAGGAUGGUUGCUGUGAUCGCUAAGGCCGUCGCGGAAGGGAAAACCGUCUAUGUGCACUGUACCGCGGGUCUCGGCCGGUCUCCAGCAGCUGUGAUAGCGUAUCUGUUCUGGUUCGCCGAACCGCGCGUGGACCUGAACGGCGCGUACGACCACGUUACAUCUCUCCGCCCGUGCGGUCCCAAGAAGGAUGCCAUCCGCGGCGCGACGUACGACUUGGCAAAGAACAGUCCUUACCAGCCGCAAUUCGAGCACCUUCCGGACUUCGCGUUCACUGACGUGGCGCAGUGGGAGAGAGACCUUAUCCGCCAGCGCGUGUGGGCUCUUGCUUAA